AAGACAAAUUAUCGUGCAUUGGCCGAAAAGCAUAUAGUGUUGAGUUUUUUGCAGCUAGGAUAAUAAAUUAAUUAAUGCGCGUAUUUAAUGUGCAGCAGUACACAACAAUCACGUGAAGAUAACACAAAAUACACGCAACAACGACAGCUUAAGCUCGUGCCGUGUAAGACAUGUUGACGCACAAAACUUGCCAGGCCAGAAAAAAAAUGCAGGUUUCCUUUGUGAUACGAGACGCGGAGGAGAAACAGCAUCGGAAUGGCGUUAACGCUCUGCAAUUGGAUAGCAACAAUGGUAAGUUGUAUUCGGCGGGUCGAGAUGCCAUCAUACGGGUCUGGAAUACACGCACGGAAUCUAACGAUAAGUAUAUACAAUCUAUGGAGCAUCACAACGACUGGGUCAACGACAUUGUGCUCUGCUGUAACGGCAGAAAUUUGAUCAGCGCCAGCUGUGAUACCACUGUCAAGGUGUGGAAUGCACACAAAGGCUUUUGCAUGUCCACACUGCGCACGCAUCGCGAUUAUGUGCAGGCGCUGGCAUAUGCCAAGGAUCGGGAACAAGUGGCCAGUGCAGGCCUGGAUAAGGCCAUAUUUCUGUGGGAUGUGAAUACGCUAACAGCUUUAACUGCCAGCAACAAUACCGUUACAACCUCUAGUCUAACAGGCUCGAAGGACUCUAUAUACAGUCUGGCCAUGAAUCCCUCCGGAACUGUCAUUGUCAGUGGGUCGACGGAGAACAUAUUGCGCAUAUGGGACCCGCGAACUUGUAUGCGCAGCAUGAAGCUGCGCGGCCACACAGAGAACGUACGCUGCCUCGUUGUAUCGCCGGAUGGCAAUCAGGUUGUCUCCGGCAGCUCUGAUGGCACCAUCAAGGUGUGGAACUUGGGCCAACAGCGUUGCAUACAGACGAUACACGUCCAUAAGGAGGGCGUGUGGUCGCUGCUAAUGAGCGAGAAUUUCCAGUACAUUAUAUCGGGCAGCAGGGAUCGAAAUAUAAUUGUAACGGAAAUGCGCAAUCCCAGCAACAAGAUGCUUGUAUGUGAGGAGAAGGCACCAGUGCUCAGUUUGGGCUAUAAUAUCGAUAAAACAGGUGUAUGGGCAACUACCUGGAAUUCGGAUAUACGCUGCUGGAAACUGCCCAUGUACGACAGAUGCACGCUCAGCUCUGGGGGCAUGGAUGCACAGUGGACGUUGGGUGGCACGGAGCUGGCCUGCAUCAAAGGAGGAGCGGCGAUCAAGGAGUGCACGGUGCUUAACGAUAAACGCUAUAUCAUUACAAAAGACUCGCAGGAUCAGGUUGUGGUCUAUGACGUGCUACGUGUGAUCAAAAAAGAAGAACUGGGCCCCGUCGACUACGAAGAGGAAGUGAAGAAGCGUAACAAACAAGUCUACAUUCCAAAUUGGUUUACUGUCGACUUAAAAACUGGCAUGCCAACGAUAGUCUUAGGUCAAGAGGAGGUUGAUUGCUUUGCGGCUUGGGUAUCCAUAGAAGCCGGCCUACCUGAAUGUGAUGAUCCGACAACAGAAAUAAAGAUAAAUUAUGGAAAGCUGCUGUUGGAGGCACUACUUGAGUAUUGGACUCCUCCCCACAGUAUGCCGCCAAAUGAAAUGGAGCCAGACGUGCGCGGUAAUGGCUAUUUUCAAGUGCCCAAACACACGCCGGUCAUAUUUAGUGAGGUGGGAGGACGGACCGUGUGUCGACUGCUGGUGCGCGACGCUGCGGGCGACAGUGAGAGCACACUGCUCCAUGAGACGGCGCCGCAGUGGGUGACGGACGUUGUGAUCGAAAGAAAUAUACCCAAAUUCCUAAAAAUACCGUUCUUCCUGCAGCCACAUCCGCAAAUGACCAAGCCCGAGCGCACCAAAAAGGAUCGCCUGGUGGCCAACGAGUUUAUACAGUGCCGCAAGGUAUGCGAGCAUGUGCUGGAGAAGGUGCUUAAUGCGGAAACAACGCCCAGCGGCGGCAAUGCAAACAACUCAUUACAAAAUAGUCAAAGCGAUGCCAAUUCGGAGGGAUCUCAGCUGCCAGCGGAGGAGCGCAUAGAGUUGUGGUGCAACGAUGUGAUCGUUGAUCCGAAUAUGGAUCUGCGUACAGUGCGUCAUUUUAUAUGGAAGCAAUCGACUGAUUUAACAUUUCAAUAUAAAACAAAGCAGAACUUUAACUUUGAUGGUUCAAUCGGUGAUAGCUUGGAGCGCGUGACUCGCAAGUAUUGAGCGCGGUUCAGCUACCAGAGUAUUGUGCUUUACCUAAGGCGUUGCUUUCCACAGACGCAUGUGAUUUCAAUAUUUUAUGUUUGUUUGUUAUUUAAUGGGCUAAAAUUGAACAACCACAUUUGUUUUUUGUAUGUAUUUUUCACCUUUUUUAUUCUGUCAAUUCAUUUAACAACAUUCAAUUUGGAUUUGUCCAAAACACUUACACUAAAUGCACGCAAAUGGUUUUGUUUUAGUUUAGGAAUAACGUGAGUUUUACACACAUAUAUAUAUAUAUAUAUAGAUCAAAUAUCGUGGUUUGCAGCCGUACAUAACAUUGAAUAAAACUGUAUUCACACUUUUUUAUACAUACCAUUUGCAUAAACGAACAUAAAUACAUACAAGCACAUCAAGCAAACGCCCGUCUAUAAACAGUUUCAUAAAGCAGCUAGAGAUCGAUGCAAAUAUAUAUAUAUAUGUAUGUAUAUAUAUAUGUUGUAUGUACGUUUGGUUACUUAUUAUAUACAUAAACAUAUAAUUCUAAGUAUUCUGUUAUACGAUAAAGAAAAGAAAAGAAACAAUGCAAUUGUAGAAAACAUAUAAACUCAUAUAUGCAAGCCAAUUUGUAAAUAAGUGAAAAUAAGAGAAAAAAAAAACUUACAAAAAUCAAUCAAAAUCUUAUUAAAUUAUUUGGAAAUCAAGCCUGGCUUUACUUUCCUUUCCUUUCAUAGUAAAAGAACACAACUUAUGACUAAACACUUAAUAUGUAUAUAUUUCUAUAUUCGUGACGAUUUCGCGCCUCUCUCUCUACCGGCGAGCUCUCAUGCGCCGCCUCAUCUGAUGCGCCUGGCUGCAGUAGGACUCGAUGGUGUUGGACAAGAUGAGCAACUGUUGCUUCAGUGUUACAGGUAUCAUGUAGCUAUUGAUGUACUCUCGUGGUGCAUCGUAGGUACGCCUCAGCCAUCUGACAAUGAACCACAGGCAGUUCUCCUUCAGUGUGCGCAGCGGAAAGUGUAUCAGGAUUUGGGUACGCACAUCACACAGCUCUUCCGGCUGUUGUGGAUUUCUGGGCAUGCGUAUGCGCACAGGGAAAAACAAACGCUGCGACCGCACAUGCAUACGUUCGCCAGUAUAAUAAUCGCGAAAGAACCAAAUGUGCGUAUUAUACGUAUUUACGGGCACUCCCUCGUUCGGCUUUAAUGUUACCUGAAUGUUUUCCGUGUCCGGAUCGCGUACCCAGUACAAAUCCACUGUGCGAUUUGUUGUGUUGACAAACAGCACGUAGACUUCGACUUCUUCCUGGGGCAUUGCUCGUAGGUGUUCGCCCCAUUCGCGAUUAUUGCGUGCGAUCUGCAGCGCCAUAUUAAUGCAAGUCCUUACUCGAUCAUAUAGCUAAUCAUAUUUUAAUAAACAAUUCAAAUUUAAA